GGAAAGGCUGACGGUGGAGGAGUCAUCAAUCUCGGCAACAGAGAACAUACCUGGGAGCCCCACAUGAACAUCACAGCCAACUUUGGUGAAGUCGAUAGUAUCAUGUCCUAUUUCUCAUUCCGGACCUUCGAUCCGGAGGGCGUGUUCUUCUAUGGACACUCCAGUGAGGGGGAGGACUGGUUCAUGCUCUCACUGCGAGGAGGCGUCCCGGAGAUGCAGUUUGGCCAAUCCAAGAUGAAGGUCACUGCGACAGGUGGCCCAAAACUUAACGAUGGGGUCUGGCACAAGCUGGAAAUCUACAGUGAGGAGGAGUUUGUGAGGCUGAAGGUGGACGGCAAGCCGGAGCUGAGGUUGAGGAUGUUCCAUGACCAGCCCGACCCCGGCAUGGUUGGAGCCCUCCACCUGGCGCUCGGCGGAAUCCUCAUCGACCCCGACAGGCUUCCCAUCAAGAUCAACCCUAUGAUGGAUGCUUGCAUUCGACAUGGGCGCUGGCUGAGCCUCAUUACUCAAUGGGACAUGACUCCAAAGAAAAAGGAGAUCCCCUGCUUCAGUGACAUCAAACCUGGAAGCUUCUUCUCUGGCGGUGGACUCGUCAUCUUCAACACCUCCGCCCUCCCUGAUUUUGAUUCAGACCAGAAAAUGGUCAUAAGUGUCCAUCCAUCUUCAUACAAAUGGAGUGGCACUAUUCUGUCCAUGUGGUCCCCCCACACACACUCAAGACUCAUAAGUGUGGGUGCAGACGCUGAGGCACAGAAGCUAUUUUAUCGAGUACAUUCAGGGGCCAACGCCACAGAAGAUUACUUCGAUAAGGACAUCAAGAGCUUUCAGCUGACCAUCGAAAAAGACAGCAUCACCUUUGAAGCACAUCAACAAUCUGGUAUCAUUCUGCAAUCCAAGACCAUCCUUGCAUCAGGAUGCAGUCAUGGCAUUGUGGAGCAGUGGGAAGAGGGAAUGCUUCUUGGUUUUGGUGGACUACUAGGAGAGGGUGGUGAAUACGAUGCCCCUGAUUCUGCAUACAUGGAGGGCUGUUUGGACUCGAUUUAUAUCCAAGGACAAAAAUGGGAUUUGGACCAGUCCUUGUUCAAGGAUGAGACAGUGUCUACACAUAGCUGCCCUUUUUGAAUGAAUAUUUGAAAGCAUUACAUUUA